AUGUCGAAUUCCGCCAGCAAUGAGCAGCUCGGUCACUUCGACGUACUAGUGGUAGGAGGAGGCUUCUGUGGAGUAUGGCAACUUCACACGCUUCGUAAAAAGGGCUACAAAGCUUUAUUGGUGGAAGCUGGCACUGGGCUCGGCGGUAUCUGGCACUGGAAUGCAUAUCCUGGCGCUCGUGUCGACACUCCCGUGCCCACGUACCAAUUGACAUCCGAAGAGACAUGGCAGAACUGGGAUUGGAAAGAGCGCUUUCCUGGCCGGGAUGAACUGGCGGAUUACUUCCGACAUCUGGAUAAAGUCUGGGACUUGAGUCGAGAUGUUCGAUACAAGUCCAGGGCAACUUCGAUGCAAUGGAGUCCAAAGGAUGCUCACUGGAAGUGCGCCAUCAACGGCGGGGAGGCGGAACUGACGGCUUGGAGUGUUGUGCUGUGUACUGGUUUCGCAUCAAAGCGUUAUGUUCCCUCGUUCAAAGGCCUGGACCAGUUCGCUGGUGAGAUUCAUCAUACCGCCGUCUGGCCGCAGGGAGGAGUCAAUCUCAACAACCGAAGAGUGGCAGUCAUCGGCACGGGUGCUUCCGGUGUGCAGGUCAUCCAAGAAGUGGCCAAAGAAGCAAAACAUCUCACCGUGUACCAGCGGACGCCCAACACGGCGCUACCGAUGCAGAAUCCUCGAGUCGACAACGAGCUCACACGAGAGAGCUUUCCGGAAGUGAUACCGAAGAUGAAGGAAACAUUUGCAGGCUUCGACUAUGAGUUCAUCGCCACUCAGCAACAUCCUCUCAAGAUCCCGAAGGAAGAACGGCUGCAGCUAUACGAACGACUGUACCACACCGGCGGCCUGCACUUCUGGCUGGGGACCUACAUGGAAGUCUUGUUUAACGAAGAGCUCAACGAAGAAGCGUACCAAUUCUGGCGUGAGCAGACCAUUAAGAGAGUACAAGAUCCUGUAAAGGCUGAAAUCUUGGCUCCGGUGAAGAAGAUCCACCCAUUCGGAACCAAGCGAAUCUCACUGGAAGAUGGCUUCUUUGAAGUCUUCAACCAGGAUAACGUGGAUCUGGUCGACCUGAGAGCCAACAAUAUCGCAGAAUUCACCCAGUCUGGCAUUCGGACAGCAGACGGUGAGCUCCGGGACUACGACCUCGUCAUCCUCGCCACGGGCUUUGACUCCAUCACCGGGAGCAUCACGCAGAUCGAUAUCCGCAACUCCGAAGGCCAAAGUGUCAAAGACAAGUGGGCGAACGCAACAUACACGAACCUGGGCAUGACGACCGCUGGAUGUCCGAAUCUGUUCUUCACGUAUGGUCCGCAAGCUCCGACUGCGUUUGCGACUGGACCAUCGUCUGCCGAGACGCAGGGAGCUUGGAUCGUGGCUUGUCUGGACCAUAUGAGAGAGAAGGGUCUCAAGACUGUUGAGUCGACUGUUGAGGCGGAACAAGAAUGGAGGAAGCAUGUCAAUGAGGUCGCAGAUAAGAGCUUGUUCACGCAGGCGGAUAGCUGGUAUUUUGGUGCGAAUAUUCCAGGCAAGACCCGAGAGGCUUUGAACUACAUGGGUGGUUUGCCUGAGUAUCGGAAGAAACUUUGGGAAGAGUGCGCAGAUGUGGGAUAUCGCGGUUUCGUGUUGGUCUGA